UGUGCGUGUGCAAUUGUUACACGCUUUCGCCUCGCUCCAGCUUUUACCCCAGCAGCGCGAUUCCCCCGGUUCUCCUGCUGCCGCCGCUGCCGCUGCUGCGCCGCUGCCGCCGCUGCUCCCGCGGCUCGGGGCGGGCACGGGCUGCGUAGGAGCCGCCGCCGCCGCCGGGGCCGCCGCUGGGGCCGCGCUGCCGCAGCCGCUGCGCCGCCGCCUAGACUAGCCUGGGCUGCUUGUUUUGUCUCUGAAAUUGACAAGGACGCAGGGAAUCCGCUGCUAAAUAAUGUUUCUGUACGAUGAGCUGCCCCAUUACGGCGGGAUGGACGGAGUAGGGGUGCCUGCUUCCAUGUACGGAGACCCUCAUGCGCCGCGGCCGAUCCCUCCGGUUCACCACCUGAACCACGGGCCGCCGCUCCACGCCACGCAGCACUACGGCGCGCACGCCCCGCACCCCAAUGUCAUGCCGGCCAGCAUGGGAUCCGCUGUCAACGACGCCUUGAAGCGGGACAAGGACGCGAUCUAUGGGCACCCGUUGUUUCCUCUGUUAGCUCUGGUCUUUGAGAAGUGCGAGCUGGCGACCUGCACUCCCCGGGAACCCGGAGUGGCCGGCGGGGACGUCUGCUCCUCCGACUCCUUCAAUGAGGACAUCGCGGUCUUCGCCAAGCAGGUUCGCGCUGAAAAGCCACUUUUUUCCUCAAAUCCAGAGCUGGACAAUUUGAUGAUACAAGCAAUACAAGUACUAAGGUUUCAUCUUUUGGAGUUAGAAAAGGUCCACGAACUGUGUGAUAACUUCUGCCAUCGGUACAUUAGCUGUUUGAAGGGGAAAAUGCCCAUCGACCUUGUCAUUGAUGAAAGAGACGGCAGCUCCAAGUCAGAUCACGAAGAACUUUCAGGAUCCUCUACAAAUCUCGCUGACCAUAAUCCUGCUUCUUGGCGAGAUCACGAUGACGCAACCUCUACCCACUCAGCAGGCACCCCGGGGCCCUCCAGUGGGGGCCAUGCUUCGCAGAGUGGAGACAACAGCAGUGAACAAGGGGAUGGUUUAGACAACAGUGUAGCUUCACCUGGCACAGGUGAUGACGACGACCCAGACAAGGACAAAAAACGCCAGAAGAAAAGAGGCAUUUUCCCCAAAGUAGCAACAAAUAUCAUGAGAGCAUGGCUCUUCCAGCAUCUCACACAUCCGUACCCUUCCGAAGAGCAGAAGAAACAGUUAGCGCAAGACACAGGACUUACAAUUCUCCAAGUAAACAACUGGUUUAUUAAUGCCAGAAGAAGAAUAGUACAGCCCAUGAUUGACCAGUCAAAUCGAGCAGGUUUUCUUCUUGAUCCUUCAGUGAGCCAAGGAGCAGCAUAUAGUCCAGAGGGUCAGCCCAUGGGGAGCUUUGUGUUGGAUGGUCAGCAACACAUGGGAAUCCGGCCUGCAGGUUUGCAGAGCAUGCCAGGGGACUACGUUUCUCAGGGUGGUCCUAUGGGAAUGAGUAUGGCACAGCCAAGUUACACUCCUCCCCAGAUGACCCCACACCCUACUCAAUUAAGACAUGGACCCCCAAUGCACUCAUAUUUGCCAAGCCAUCCCCACCACCCAGCCAUGAUGAUGCACGGAGGACCCCCUACCCACCCUGGAAUGACUAUGUCAGCACAGAGUCCCACAAUGUUAAAUUCUGUAGAUCCCAAUGUUGGCGGACAGGUUAUGGACAUUCAUGCCCAAUAGUAUAAGGGAACUCAAGGGAAAAGGAAACACACGCAAAAACUAUUUUAAGACUUUCUGAACUUUGACCAGAUGUUGACACUUAAUAUGAAAUUCCAGACAGCUGUGAUUAUUUUUUACUUUUGUCAUUUUUCAUCAAGCCACAGAGGACCAAUGAGACAAGAACACAAAUGUGAAAUCAUGGGCUCACUGAGACAAUUCUGUCCAUGUAAAGAUCCUCUGGAAAAAGACUCCGAGAGUUAUAACUACUGUAGUAUAAACAUAGGAACUAAGUUAAACUUGUACAUUUCUGUUGAUCACUCCGUUAUGUUGCCUCAAAUAGUUUUAGAAGAGAAAAAAAAAAUAUAUCCUUGUUUUCCACACUAUGUGUGUUGUUCCCAAAAGAAUGACUGUUUUGGUUCAUCAGUGAAUUCACUAUCCAGGAGAGACUGUGGUAUAUUUUAAACCUGUUGGGCCAAGGAGAAAAGAACCGCGCUGGAGACCAUGGUGAGCGUUUGGCUGAACCUCAACCCCCGGGAACUCCAGCUUCAAGAAUGUGUUUUCAUGCCCGGCCUUUGUUCCUCCAUAAAUGUGUCCUUUAGUUUCAAACAGAUCUUUAUAGUUUGUGCUUCAUAAGCCAAUUCUUCUUCUUAUUUUGGGGGACUCUUCUUCAAAGAGCUUGCCAGUGAAGAUUUAAAGACCGAGCAGGAGCUUCUUCCAGGAGUUCUAAGCCUUGGCUGUGGACAAAACAAUCUCAAGUUGGGCAGCUUUCCUCAACACAAGAAAGUUAUUAAUGGUCCUAGCACCACAACUAGGACUUUAUCAGAAACUCAAAGCUUGGGGGAUAAAAAGGAGCAAGAGAAUACUGUAACAAACUUCGUACAGAGUUCGGUCUAUUAAUUGUUUCAUGUUAGAUAUUCUAUGUGUUUACCUCAAUUGAAAAAAAAAAAAAGAAUGUUUUUGCUAGUAUCAGAUCUGCUGUGGAAUUGGUAUUGUAUGUCCAUGAAUUCUUUUCUCAGCACGUGUUCCUCACUAGAAGAAAAUGCUGUUACCUUUAAGCUUUGUCAAAUUUACAUUAAAAUACUUGUAUGAGGACUGUGACGUUAUGUUAAAAAAAAAGGUGUUAAGUCACAAAAUGCGGUAAUAAAUAUUUCAUUUUUGAUUUUUUGUUAGGCUUUUGUGUUUUUCAUAGUUUUAAGGCAAGGUUGCACAGUGCCUACUCUCUCUACCGUAUUACAAGUAGGUAGUGGUUUCGUUCCCCAGAAGUUGGCCAUAUUCGAAACUCACCAAUAAUUUUUAAGGGAACCUUCUGUAGUGGUUAGUAUAUUUAGCUUAGAAAUUCCACCAGCAGAGAACUUCUAAAGGUAUGAAUUUGCGUGUGCAUGUGUGUGUGUGUGUGUGUGUGUGUGUGUGUUGUGCAAUGAGCUGGGUUGAAAGAUUACCUUCAUUGAAUAUGUCUAACCUCCUUUUUAGAUGCAUGAUGUUGAAAAAAGUACUUUCUGAUAAAGCUUUCCAUGUUCAUCCUCUGUCAGAAUAAGGGGCUUUUUCAGGGUUAAUUUUACAUCAUAAGAAAUAACGUCUGUGCUCAAAGAUAAUUCAUCUGCCUGUGUUUUUUCUCUU